GAGAGAGAGAGAGAGAGAGAGAGAGAGAGAGAGAGACCAGUUCGCUGGAUCGAAGUAGAUUUAGGUAAUAGUCGACUGUAACCAAGAUGUUGCCUACUGAGACGUCGCGUGAAGAUAAUGUGUACAUGGCCAAGCUGGCCGAACAGGCUGAACGAUAUGAGGAAAUGGUUGAGUUCAUGGAGAAAGUUGCAAAGACUCUGGAUGUCGAGGAGCUGACAGUGGAGGAAAGAAACCUCCUCUCUGUUGCUUACAAGAAUGUGAUUGGUGCUAGGAGGGCUUCGUGGAGGAUCAUCUCUUCCAUUGAGCAGAAGGAGGAGAGCCGUGGAAAUGAGGACCAUGUUAAACUCAUUAAGGAGUAUAGGGCUACGAUUGAGGCUGAACUAUGCAAGAUCUGUGAUGGGAUUUUGAACCUUCUCGAGUCCCAUCUUGUUCCCUCAGCUUCCUCUGCUGAGUCCAAGGUUUUUUACUUGAAGAUGAAAGGUGAUUACCAUAGGUACCUGGCUGAGUUUAAGACUGGGACAGAGAGGAAGGAAGCGGCUGAGAGUACUUUGUUAGCUUACAAGUCUGCCCAGGAUAUUGCUUUGUCUGAACUGGCUCCCACUCACCCAAUAAGGCUGGGACUUGCACUUAAUUUCUCCGUGUUCUAUUACGAAAUCCUUAACUCACCUGAUCGUGCCUGCAACCUUGCAAAACAGGCUUUUGAUGAAGCUAUCUCUGAACUGGAUACAUUGGGUGAGGAAUCAUACAAGGACAGCACAUUGAUCAUGCAACUCCUCCGAGACAACUUGACCCUGUGGACAUCUGAUAUUACGGAUGAAGCGGGGGAUGAGAUCAAGGAAGGGUUGAAACGUGAGUCAGGCGUGGGGCAAUAGUCAUGAGCUCAUUGAAUUACCUCUGUACUUCUGUUUGUGCCUUAAUAUAUAUUUCAUUUGGGUAGUUGCAGUACGACUUGAUGCACUUGAAGUACUUCGACUGCUACUUUGGUGCUCAGUGUUAGAAUCUUAUUUAUUAUUAGGUUGUUUUAGUGAUGUUUGAUGUUUAUGUUGUUAGGGAUGAUGGUUUUUUUUAGUCUUGUUCGUCUGGGUAUGACAGGUUGAGGUGAUUACUUUGGUCGUUUUGUUUCUUAAUGCUAUUGUUCUUUUCUUUUCAGAAGUAGUUUGCUGUCAUUGGCGUC